CAUCAGCAACCAACUCCAUAAGACUCCAUAAGGCUCGUCAUCUGCUUCAGAGGCUCAGGGCACAACUGCAGACAACCUGUACUGCCGAACUGUGCAUGAGUCUACGUGUACUGCUUCACACAACUGCUGCAUUUGCUCUCACAGGCGCUUUUAUCCGCUUGACAACCACCUCUCAGCUAAGAACAUAUACCAGGAUGACCACUGACACAUCACCUAAGCUGGCAGAAGCUCAAGAUGCGUCAGGCCCUUCUGGUUCAAUGACAGGUGCUUCCUCUGUCGCACAGGGAGCUGCACAAGCAAAAGAACCACUCCUUCUGCCAUCAUCAGAAGAAGCUGGCGAUGGCCAUAACCUGCAAGUCGGCGGCGAUAAGGUCGUUCUUGACAGUCUUGGUCCUAUUGUCUUGAACACAGAUGGUUCGUUGUCUAGGAUUGGCAAUUGGGAUCAAAUGACAGAACCUGAGCGUUGUGCUACAAAACGUAUGGUUGCAAAACGUAACUUGGCGAGGAAGAAGAUGCUUGAGGCGAAGGAGCAGGCUGAGUCCGUUUGACACUGUCUAUCUAGCGACGAUAUAUGCAUAAUGAAGUAUGAUCAAAAGGUAG